GAUUUAAUUUUAUCGAUUUAUUUAGUUUUAUGUCUGUGCUGUGUACUUGCUGUGUAAUAGACAAACAGACUAAUUUGUGUGAUAUAUCCAGGCUGUGUUUCUUCUACAGCAUUCAUAUUAUUAUUCAUCAUCGCCGACUUUUCUGCUGCUUUGCCUUCUCUUCUCUCUCUUUCUCUGUGCUUUUCUUCUUUCAACGGUUAGCCAUUACCAUUUGUUUUUUCGCAGUUACACGGCAAAAUGUGAGAGUGAGAUUCCUUUAGAUUCGUAAAUGUUUGUGCCAAAAGCCACGCUCUGAUUCUUUUUGUUCUUGCUCCCAAAGGUGCUUCACUUUUUUUUUUUCUUUUUUUUUUUUUUUCCUCCGUCUGUUUCUCUCUGCAAACACUUUCUUUCUUUUCAGUUAAUUUUUUUUCUGUGAAUAAUCUUCUAGGUUUCAUCGGAAAUCUGAGUCUUAUUGUUUUAGGAUUUUUUUGAUUUUUUUUUUUUCCAUUUCUUGAAAAUUUUAUCUGUAAAAAAGAAAAAAAUUGUAAAGAUGAUGGUGAGGAAUGUGGUGAUGGUUAUGCUGUGUGUGACGGUUAUUGCUCCUAUUGUUCUUUACACUGACCGCCUCGGCAGCUUUCAAAGCUCCUCUUCCUCAACCAACGAAUUUGUUGAAGAUGUUGCAACUUUCGCUUUCAAUGGUCAUACCGGACGUUUAAAUCUGCUUCCUCAGGAAUCGUCCACAACCCUUAAAGAACCCAUUGGGAUCGUAUAUUCUGACAACUCAACGAAAGCUCUACCCAAUUCCGGCGUCUCAGCCCGGUCCACCGACACCGUUAACUCCAGCCAGGGGGAAUCAAGGGAACAUUUAUCUGCUCGGGUGUUAUAUACCACAAAUGAGGAAGAUCGUUCUCAAACAGAGAACCCCAUCAGACAGGUCGCUAAUGGGUUUCAACAAGGAAAUCAGAUUAAGUCUGAUACCGACGGUGAAGGGGAAAGAAGCACGGAAAAUGCAACAGAUGCUGUGGAUGAGAACGCAAAAUCGGUAGAGUCCCAGCGAAAAUCAGAUGAAACCUCAAAUGAUAUGGAAGUAAAGCAUGAACAAUCCACUGUAGCCUCGAGCAGAGUUGAUAAAGUAGGACCCAGAAGACCUAAAACCGAAAAGCAGAACGAUCAACCAGCUAUUCCAGAUGCUCGAGUAAGGCAACUUAAAGAUCAGCUCAUCCGAGCAAAGGUCUACCUUUCCCUUCCUGCUACACGAAACAACCCCCAUUUUACAAGGGAGCUUAGACUGCGGGUGAAGGAAGUUCAACGAGCUGUUGCGGAUGCAAGCAAGGAUUCUGAUCUGCCAAAGAAUGCCAAUGAGAAACUGAAGGCAAUGGAGCAGACAUUGACUAAAGGAAAGCAAAUUCAUGAUGACUGUGCUGCUGCAGUGAAGAAGCUUCGGGCUAUGCUGCACUCUACAGAAGAGCAACUUCGAGUGCACAAAAAGCAGACUGUGUUCUUGACGCAAUUAACUGCGAAAACACUUCCUAAAGGUCUCCAUUGUCUACCCUUGCGCCUUACAACAGAAUACUAUUCCUUAAAUCCUUCAGAGAGGAACUUUCCGAAUCAAGAGAAACUAGAAGACCCUCAGCUGUACCACUAUGCGCUAUUUUCAGAUAAUGUAUUGGCAGCAGCAGUUGUUGUAAAUUCAACUGUUUUCCAUGCUAAGGAUCCUGCCAAGCAUGUUUUCCACAUUGUUACUGACAGGCUCAAUUAUGCAGCAAUGAGGAUGUGGUUUUUGGUAAAUCCGCCUGGAAAAGCCACUAUUGAGGUUCAAAACAUAGAAGAACUUACAUGGUUGAAUUCAAGUUAUAGUCCAGUUCUCAAGCAGUUGGGUUCUCAAUCAAUGAUAGAUUAUUACUUUAGGACUCAUCGUGGUAGUACUGAUCCAAAUUUGAAGUUCCGGAACCCGAAGUACUUAUCUAUCCUGAACCACCUUCGCUUUUACCUGCCACAAAUUUUCCCAAAACUCAACAAAGUUCUGUUCUUGGAUGAUGAUAUAGUUGUCCAGAAGGAUCUUACCGGCCUUUGGUCCCUUAAUUUAAAGGGGAAUGUUAAUGGGGCUGUAGAAACUUGUGGAGAAAGUUUCCAUCGCUUUGAUAGAUAUCUGAACUUUUCAAAUCCUAUUAUCUCAAAGAAUUUUGAUCCCCAUGCCUGUGGAUGGGCAUAUGGAAUGAAUAUCUUUGAUUUGAGCGAAUGGAAGAGGCAAAACAUCACAGAGGUGUACCACACAUGGCAGAAGCUGAAUCAUGACAGACAGCUGUGGAAGUUGGGAACCCUGCCACCUGGUCUAAUAACAUUUUGGAAACGCACUUUUGCACUAGAUCGAUCCUGGCAUGUGUUGGGUCUGGGGUACAACCCAAGUGUUGGCCAGAGGGAAAUUGAACGAGCUGCUGUCAUACACUACAACGGUAACAUGAAGCCGUGGCUAGAGAUUGGCAUACCCAAGUAUCGUAAUUACUGGGCAAAAUAUGUUGAUUAUGAUAAUGUGUAUUUGCGAGAGUGCAACAUCAAUCCAUAGAAAAAUCUAUGAUUAGAUAGUUAAUCUUUGAAAGUUUUCUCUGCGAAAUCUUCCAGGCCAUACAAUUUCACAGGUCUGCAUCUUUCUCUGUGUAGGCAUUUUUGAUAUUAAACUGUGCUUAUGAUUUUGAUUCUUUUAUGUAUACAUCUUUCUUCUUCUUCAA